GAUCUUUUACUUAUACAUAUAUUAGUAUGUUGUAUAUUUUUAUUUCCUUCAAAAUUGAUCAAAUAACAAUUAUGGUAAAAUAUCAAAAUCAAACUUGAAUACUAAAUUACGCACCAAAUUAAAUUUAACAUUAUAAUAACACCGUAACCAAGCAAGCCCACCCCGUACUCGUAUCGUUUCAUCAAAGUUUGAAGCUCUCCGUCUUUUGUUUUAAAAUAAGUAAAAGAGAAGGGUAACAUUCGCUUAAUUGUCAGUCCCUUUCAUCGGGUUAACUACAUAUAUAUUUGCUUCCGUAAAACUCUUCACUCAAAGCGCGCGCGCGCACACACGUUUCUCUUUUCGACGCAAUCACUCACUCAAAUCUACAAAAUCUAUCCUCCUUUCACUGCCUUCCAUAUCUUCCAUUUCAGAAUGGCUAUGGAAACUACAGCUUUGCCUUCUGCCCCUGCUGCACAAGUGAUUGGAAAUGCUUUUGUUGAGCAGUAUUAUCAAAUUCAACACCACUCCCCAGAGUUAGUAUACAGAUUUUAUCUGGAUGCGAGUGUCUUAAGUCGCCCAAAUUCUAAUGGUGUGAUGACAUCCGUGACAACAAUGAAAAAUAUCAAUGACAUGAUAUGCUCAUUAGGCUACAAGAACUACAAGGCAGAGAUAAAGACUGUAGAGGCACAACAGUCCUAUAAGGAUGGGGUGAUUGUAUUGGUCACUGGAUGCUUCACUGGAAAGGAUAACACGAGAAAGCAAUUCACCCAGACGUUUUUCCUUGCUCCACAGGACAAAGGGUACUUUGUUUUGAAUGAUGUUCUUAGGUAUGCAGAACAAAAUGAAUCCGAUAAUAGUUCAGAAAUGGUUAAUGGGGUCAAGGAUGUACCACCCGUGCCUUUGACGCCUGAUCCAGAACCAGUUCAUGUGCUUGAGCCACCGAAUCACAAACAGCCUAGCUCUCGUGCAAAAGAAAUUCGAAUUGUUGAGGAGGAUGAGAGACUAGUUGGUGAUGAAGGACAUAUUGUGGUGGGUGCUGAAUCCCAUAAUGAAAACCAUACUUCUGAGAAUGCAGAACCAGCUACUUCAGUUACCCAAGAAGAUGCUCCUAAGAAAUCUUAUGCAUCAAUUGUAAGUUCUCAAACAAAGAAAGGGCCCACCAAAAUCUAUGUACCCUCUAAUUCAAGAAUGGCUCCCGCAAAGGCUGAAAAGCAGCCAGUUAAGUCAGUAACGAAAGCUCCUGCUCGUGAAUCAUCAAUUCCUACUGCCUCUGGGGGUACUGCACCUGAAUCUAAAGAUGCUCAGUACGGAGCUGAGGGGCACUCCAUUUAUGUCCGCAAUUUGCCUCUAAAUGUUACUCUUGCUCAACUUGAGGUUGAAUUUAAGAGAUUUGGACCCAUUAAGCAAGGAGGCGUACAAAUUAGAAGUAAUAGGCAACAAGGAUUCUGCUUUGGGUUUGUCGAAUUUGAAGGAUUGAGCUCCAUGAACAGUGCAAUACAGGCAUCACCUGUUACCAUUGGAGGUCUUCAAGCUGAUGUUGAGAUAAAGAGACCUACAACUAGAGUUGGUAGCGGGAGAGGUCGUUUCCCUCAAGGAAGAGGAGCAGGGUACCGAAAUGACAAUUUCAGGGGCCGUGGAAACUUUACUGGAGGUCGAGGUUAUGGUAGAAAUGACUUUGUUGGAGCACGUGAGUUUUCAGGGCGUGGAAGGGGUCAAGGAGGACGAGGUGAUGAAGGUUACCAACAAGGAAGAGGGAGAGGCGGGCGGAGAGGUGGCCUAAGCCAGAUUCCUGCUUCAGGAUAGUUUGGGUGGACAAGUUUUGUGUGGCAAAUUUUGACCGACUUGUUUUCUCUCAAGCUUUUUAGUAUUGGGCAUUUUUUCUAACAGAUUUUUGGUGUAGGUAAUUUUAUGUUUCACAGGAUAGAGCUAUGUAACUUGCAGAACUUUUAAUGUUCUUUCUAACUACAUAAGAAAAGGCUUUUGUGUAUAAGGUUUCUUUCAUCUGCUGAAUCAUUGGAGAGCCUAAAGUAACCAAUUUAACUGUAAAAGUCGUGAAUUAAUGUGAACAUAUAUAUCAUGCAACUAUAUUAUUUACCCCA